AGUAAUGUGUUUAAUUACUUUCAUACAGUCUAUGCUUUCACAUCAACUUUGUCUUUCAUCCACUGAUGGCUGUGCUGCACGAAAAUUGAAUACAACUCCCAGAGUGACGUUCGGUGAGUUUAUCCAAUCAGCGUCUGGCUUCAGUCAGCUUCCAGCCAAUGGCAUUCAGGGAAGCUGGAUUCUCCAAUGAGACGUUGAAGGAUCCCAGUUGAGCCGUCAGUUCGUGGACAGCUCACAAAUUUGAGCAAAGUUUCGGACCGUGGAGGUUCGGCGCAGCUGGCAGACCCUCCUCUGUCAGGACCCCGUUCGGCUGAGGUGUGCUCGGUCACUACGUUCAUGACGGUUGCUGACGGCGGCACUUUGGCGCUCAUCAUGCCUGUCCGAGCGGAGUGCUGCAGUACGACCGGCUCGGCCUGCCCAUCCUCGGCCUCUCUUGUUCCCCCUGCCCCGAUCAACACGUACCAGCCCGGGGUGGCCACGUCGCUGCUGUACAGCGGCUCGCAGUUUCGGGGCUACCAGAAGAGCAAAGGCAACUCGUACGACGUCGAGGUUGUCCUGCAGCAUGUGACUGUGGAGGACUCGUAUUUGUGUGGAUACCUGAAGAUCAAAGGCCUGACUGAGGAGUAUCCCACCCUAACCACCUUCUUUGCUGGUGAAAUUAUCAGCAGAAAGAGGCCUUUUUUAACUAGGAAGUGGGACGCAGAUGAGGAUGUGGACAGAAAGCACUGGGGCAAGUUCCAGGCUUUUUACAAAUACGCCAAAAACUUCAACUCUGACGACUUUGACUACGAAGCGCUGGAGAACAGUGAUUAUAUCUUCAUGAGGUGGAAGGAGCAGUUUCUAGUUCCGGACCACACGAUCAAAGACAUCAGCGGGGCCUCGUUUGCAGGCUUCUACUACAUCUGCUUCCAGAAGUCCACGGCCACUAUUGAGGGCUACUAUUACCACAGGAGCUCAGAGUGGUACCAGUCUCUAAGCCUAAACCAUCUUCGUGAGCACAGUAUGCCUAUUUAUGAAUUUCGAUGACAUAAAGACGCAGGAGCACCAAGUGAAGUGAGGGACGGUUCACGCUGCCCUGUGCUGGAAUAGGAUGGGAGCCCUUUAAAGAAUGGAGCUGACCAGUUUCCUCACAUCAGGGGGAAUUAACCAGUGGUCAGGAACUCUUCUGCUGGACUGAAAGAAAGAUGGCACUGAUGAAGAAGAAGAGCGAGGAAGACAAAGAUCAGUGAGACACCAACAGUUUCUGCAGAGCUGAUGUUUGAUUGACAUUUUAAUUUGUCCCUUUUUGGCCUGUUUUAAUUUCUUUUUUGUUUUUGGCUAACUGAUUUCUUUGCACUCUCACAGAAUCUUCAUGUCUUCACAUUAAGACAAGUUUCUGUUUUCCUUCACUGGAGACACUAAUUAACUUUCAGUUAAGAGCUGCAAAAAAAAAAAACAAGUGUUGGAGAAUUUUGUUCAGCAAAGCCUGCGUUAUUUGUCUUACGGUAAUUAUACAAUCUUUUUUUUUGCAAGAUCACUUUGACGCUCCGUAGUGAUUAAUGGUGAGUUUAUUGCCAAACGUUGCAGCAGAAGCAGGGGUGAGCUGGAAUCUACAUUUUAUGCAGGAUUGUAUAUCGUGGUUAUAUGAGCAGGGAUGGUGUGUCUGUCUGUUGUUUUGAGGAAAAAAGUAUUGAGCAACUGAAACCCAACAGCUAACGGGGAAAGAAGGGGAAGUUUGUUUUUUCAGAAAUCCUCUGAAAAAUGCUGCAGAAUAUCUGCUGACGGCUUCACAUCAAACGUUUAUCUAUGCAAGCCAAAGAUCACUAACAGGUAGAAUUCCUUCCAGUCCACCUAAACUUUUGUUUUCAGAUGACUGAAUUAUUUAUUUUCAAUCAGGAGCGAAAAAUUAAAAAAAAAAAAAAAGAAAAGACAAUGACCAGCAACUGAAGCACAGAUGUGUGUAUCUGAAAAUGUCUUUCCUGUUAAAAUAGUUUGUCAAACUAGCAGAGAAGAGAUUUGUGUCACGAGGAGGAACUGGAAAAGCUGAGAUGUAAUGCAACAGAAGCAAUGCAGUGUUUUGAAUGUGUGAACCUUCAUACAGUCUGGUUUUUUUUCUCUCUCUCUGCUUUCAGUUUCAGUGUCUAUUUUCCAGCAGCACGAUUUAACACUUAGAGCUUCAAGUGUUGCUUCCUGGGUGGAGAAUAUUCAGUUUGACUUGUGGAGCGUUGCAUGAAGAAGUGAUGGAGACAGAAUAAAACCUCCUUUGAUGCUUUAGGAACAACCUGCUGCCUUACACUUUUACAUGUUUCUAUUGUAUGCUUUUUUUUUUUCUUUUUAAGACAAAUGAUUAGGUUAGUUUUGUCUUAUUUGAAAGAAAUCCUAAAAUUUCUGUGAGACAAAUUGUUAAAACAAACAAACCUGACAGUUUUUCAUCAGCUUCAUAGGAUUCUUAAAGUUUUUCCAAGUAGGGUUGAUGUAAAAGUUCUCUGCUGGAGAGUGCAUGUCCUCCCUCUGCCCGUCUGCUGCUUCUAGACGUUCAGCUGGUCGCCUGCAACGUGCCAACUGGAUUUGACGGGUCGCUGCGGAAAUACAGUUGGCACUGUAGUUUUUAAACCCGAGCGAGUGGAUUGCAGACGCUACAAUCCUUCAAAAUCACUUUCUUUUUUUAUUAAUCGUCGAACAGAAAACCGCCAAAUGUGCAAUGUAAGAAGAAAAAUGUUAAUUUGGGUGUUUGUCUUAAGUCUUGAGUGAGGAAAUCUGACUUAAAGAGGUCAGUUUAAGGGAGAUGAUGUAUUAUUAUUCUGAUAUGGGGAAAAAUAAAGAUGAAUAUUUCAUA